UGGGAGCGAGAAGGGGUGGAGCGGAUGGUGGGCGCGGCAGCUGCGGGAUGCUAACGCGACCAGACACCCAUCCUCUCCGCUCUCCCUCUCUGGAGAGGAUGAUUUGGGAGAGAGACAGAAAUGAGUGGAAUGCUAUCUUAAACAAGCCAAAAAUCUGUUAUAACCUUUAUUAAAUACUACUUCAAUGAAGAAAGAUUAAAAAAACCCUACAAAAUUCCAACUGAUAAUUACCCCAUUCAGACAUUGGUGAAUAUGUCCCUCAGUCCAAGUCGACCUUCCUCAUCAGAGGUGAAGGCAAAGCAAGAAUCAGAACUGAAACUCAAAUCAUUUGCUCCUCCAUAUGCUCUUCAAUCAGAAUUAUAUUUGCUUCCUAUAAUGUAUCAUUUAGGAAAUAUUUAUUCAGCAUCAUCAGCAGUUUCUUUAGAUGUGCAGCAGACUAAUAAUGGUGUUGCUGAGGCUGACGGAAUAAUACACAGACCACUUAGUGUAACUUUGUCAAAGGAAGAACCUGGAACAGAUCCCAGUUGUUUAGAAAACACUUUGAAAAAGCUUCUUAACAAGAAUCAGGAAGAAGCUGGGGGAAAAGCCACUCCAAAUGAAAAUCAGAAUGGAAAUAAUCAAAUUGGAAAUUCUGAAUUGCCAGGAUCACAGGAAGAUUCAGAUAAUGAUUAUUUUAGCGGCAAAAAGAGUCAGUUUCUUUGGAAAAAUGAAGAUGAUAGAACUAAUAUCUUUAGAAGAGAGGACAAUCAGCUAGGUAAAAAAGAGUGCAUCAGCCUACCAGACCUUAUUGAUUUUCCUUCAGUUGCUUGUCAACCUGCUCUUUCUCCAGGAAUAACUGAUAUAUCAUUAUUACAGAUUGAUAGUAAAAUAUUGUCGAAAAAAAUGAAACAAGUAAAGGAAGAAAGAAGAUAUCUGGAAAGAAUUAAAGAAGAACUAAUAAAGAAAGUUGAAAGGCUAUUGGAACAAGGCAAAUUAAAGCAAUAUCAUGGCUAUGAUGUUUGGAAGAAAAAGUACUUUGAAACAAAGAAAGUUACAGCAUCAUUGGAGGAGAUUUUAACAAAACUUCGAGAAGAUUUGGAACUUUACUAUAAAAAAUUGCUCAUUCAGCUUGAAGCCAGGGUGAUCAAGAUGAGACCAAAGAAUCUGGCAACCAUCACAGACUCUAAGAAUUACCUUAUUAUUCAGAUCACUGAAGUACAGCAUGCUAUUGACCAACUUAGAAAAUUGGAUACUGACAAAAUGAAACGGAUAACAGAAAUUAAGAUGAGAAAACAAGCAGUUUCAGAUUUACGCACAUUGAAAGCUGAACUGGCACAGAAGAAUUUAUUACAUCUUUUCAAUCUCAAUAAGGUAUGUUAACUUAAAAUUUUUAUUUGUUAAAAAACUUACUUGAACAGAUUUGUUUAACCGUUGUUCUCCUUGUUUUCAUAUAAAUUAUAAGUUUUACAUCUUUUCCUUUUUCAUGUGUUUAUUAUACAGUGUUUCAGGAAAUAUUAGAUAUAAAAAAGCAAAAUGGUGUCUAUUUGACUAUUUUUGAAGGUUUCAGAUGUGUAACAUAUUAUUUUACAGUACUAUAUUUCAUUAUUUUCAUUUUUUAAUAGUCUUAAAAUGUAAUACCUAGAAUGACUGUAAUAUGAAAAAUCAUAUAUUUUAAUAAAUAUGAAUCUAACUUGCA